AUGCCUGAAAGUCAGGAGGGGUCGAGAGCGAUCCUCUUCUUUAUACUGCUGCUCUUCAUCUUAAAUACUCCCGAUCAGACACCGAGGCGGCGCUUUCAUUUCGGGGUCGACCACUACGAGGAUGAGCGCCGGCGGGACUUCGAUGUGCUAGCCAAUACCACAUAUGGCGAUUUCACGGAUGGGAAGCAUCUCAAUCUAACGGCGUUCCGCGAGAGUGAUGGGCAUCAUUGGGAGUUGUUGCCAAAAGUCCAACAGUUGAGCCGCGACCAAUUCUCGUCGAGCUGGGCCGGUCUCGACAAUGUUGCUUUCUAUGAUGAGAUUACGAGUGAGAUCAGAGGAGACUUCAAACGAUCAGAACUGUCAGUGCUGGGACCAACUGCGGUCAACCUGACUGAACUGGACCCGAUGAAGGAGUAUGUCAUUCAUCGCUGGCACCGCAACAUCACUGAAGCGGCGGGAGAGAUCAAGCUGUCGUUGGUGGAUGAAGAAGGACCGUUCACAGAUGCUCGAGACCUCAAAGCCGACAUCGAAAUAUGGACUGAGUCCGCACCGGGCGACGGCUGGCAAACGACUCUGCGCGGCGUUCACUUUCCCAAUGGGGCGGCUGUUCUCUCAACCGCGAGCUCCAAAUUCGACGCUUUUCCUGCUCUUCCUCACUUCGCUCUGGAUGCCGCCUCGUUCGACGUUGCAAAACCGAUCAUGAACACUACCGUUGCACAAUUAUGGAAGAAGCAGUUCUAUCGAGACGUGGAUGUCAUUGGUGUCCCGAGAUGUGAGCUGAUCGUAUGGCUACAGCCCAAACCUCUGCUCGGAUCCAAAGAGUACUUGCGCAUGGUUGAGAAAGAGCUCUCUUACCCCGAAGGAGCCCCUAUCGGGACUCCGCCACCUAUGUCUUUCUCGGCCGUUGUCUUCUCGCCUGAUUGCGGCUAUGUCCUGGAGACCGACUCCUUGUCUGGACAGAAGGCAGAAGCCUUCACGAAACUGGAGAGCCGGCUGCUAAUCGCUUUCAUCUUGACUUUGACUUUGCAGAUUGCGCUGCUCAAACGACAGAUGAAAAAGGCAGGUACGCCGUCCACGCGGAGCAGGGUUGCUUACCAGGGCGUCCUGCUUGCUGCGUUGGGAGAUGGCCUCAUUUUCUUCAUCAUGAUUUUCGUUCUGAUGUCCGAGGAGGCUGGAUUCCUCGUUGUCUUUACAGCAACCUUCCUCGCCUGCAUACACGUCGCUUUCCUCGAAGUCAAGUUUGUUUAUGAUAUCUGGACGGUCCAGGUUGGCGAACCGCAAAGAGCCGAAGCAGAACGGCAACGACGACUUCGACAGCAAACUACGCCACCAGUGCCGCCGCCACCACCACAAAAUCCCACACCUCCCCCACAACCCAUCGCCUCAGACAAUCCCGUCAGUGCCGUCCUCCCGUCUACAAAUACUCCCACUGCCACGCCACAACCAACCGACACCGGCGCCACCCCCACCCCAAUCCCCCUCUUCAUGCCCUCCGACCAAGACUCGCUCCUCCCCGUCACCACCCCCGGCGCGGUCCCCACCCCCGGCAACCCUCUCGGCCUCCGAAUCCGCGACGCCCCCACCACCUUCGCCUCCAUCUACAUGCGCUUCUACGUCACGCUCUGCAUCCUGCUGCUCCUCUCAGGCCUCGCGCCCUCGCUCCCCCGCCCCUUCCAAUCCAUCUACUUCACCACCCUCUCCUUCGCCUACUUCUCCAUCUGGCUCCCGCAGAUCUACCGCAACGUGCAGCGCAACUGCCGCAAAGCCCUCUCCUGGGAGUACGUGCUCGGCAGCUCCGUGCUGCGCGCCACCCCGGUGCUCUACUGGUACGUCACGCCGCGCAACCUGUUCGGCGUGCGCGCCAGCCCGCGCGUCGCCCUUGCGUUGGCCGCCUGGCUCGCGCUGCAGGUCGGCGUGCUUCUGGCGCAUCGCCUAAUAGGGCCGAGGUUUGGGAUUCCCGAGAGCUGGUGCGAGGCUGCGUAUGAGUACCAUCCUGUGCUGGUGGAGGGGACGGAUGAGGAAGGGGGCACUAGUGGGGGGCGCAAGGGCUUGGAUAUCGCUUUGCUUGCUAGCGCCAGUGAGGCGAAGGAUCGGGAGGGUGGGGAGCGCAGGUGUUUCGAUUGUGCGAUCUGCAUGAACGAGAUUGACGUGCCGGUCGUGGGGAAGGGGAAUGGGGCGGGAGGAGCGGCCAGGGGCGGCACGUUGGGAUUGGGUAUGGGGUUGGGCAUGGAGAGGGCGAGCUACAUGGUCACGCCGUGUCGGCAUAUCUUCCACGCAGAGUGUUUGGAGGGGUGGAUGGGACUGCGGUUGGUUUGUCCUGUUUGUAGGGAGGAAUUACCUCCGCUUUAG